UUCUACGGCCUCCCUAAUUAUCCUCAAUUGACACGUUCGUUUCGUGGUCGACACAUUUUCGUGAAUGUGAUCUUCAAUGAUGAUAGUUUACGUGUAUUCAAGACUUACUUUCGUUAAACGUUUAUCCGAUUAUCCUGUGAUAUAACGAAAUAAUUAAUAAUUAUUAUGUUGACAUAAUACACUCACCCCUUUUGUUUAUGUCAUUAUUAAAGCUACGCAGCGGAAUGAGCUCCAGCACUCUUACUGCAAGAGCAGAGGAAUAUUUUUUUAAUAUAAAUCCUAUAGCUCGAAGGAUCGGCGAGGAUAUAACAGCAACGAAGGAGGCCUAUGAAGGACUAUGGAGCACCUUGAGUACAGCGGAGCGCAAUCAAGCCAUCAACGAGACUAUAAUUCAGCCCGAGAUAGUUUUGAAGUACACCUUGAAGAAGGUUGAGUUGACAAAGGAAUUACCCGAGUGGUAUCCAAAACUGCGCAUACAAACUGGAAUGAAAUAUGUCAUAGAUGAAACCGGUUCAACGUUACGAUGGCGAGAUGAACACUCCGCACCAUUUUCGUUCAUGACUCAAUCACAGAUGAAUCUUAGUCUGAUAGACUCUAACGAAGAUGUGAAAUCUAGGUCAAUGAGGACUCAUUUUGGAGAAUUACCACAUUUUUCUAGUCCUGCGAAGACACAAAGAAACAAUUGCUCAUUAAGCGAUAACUAUAACUCCCUACACCAAGUCAGUUAUCCAUCAGAUUGUUACACCAGUGAUUUAUUCGAAAAUGAUCAGUGCAGCGAUGAUUUACUGACAAAUGAAAUUGACAGCGAACACUCUGAUAGUAUAUUUGCUAAACUGAUCAACAAGACCUCUUUAUUGAAGUUACAAAGCAAUGUCGAGGAUGACUUGGAAAGUUUGGUGAGGGAUUCCGAUACGGACAAAAGUCAAUCGAAUACUUUAGUGAUGACAUCGCGAACAAAAUCGAGCGACAUAAACGAAUCGACCGCUCUGUUAGAAACACCCAGUUCCUAUAGUAGCUUUCAGUCAUCCCAACUGAAUCAAGAAGAUGAAGAGAGAAGCAUACCAAAGACUGGAUUUGAGUUUCUCGAUAAUUGGUAAAUUCAUUCCGUUGUAGAAAGAAAUGAUUGAAUUAUUCGAAUACUCUUUUAUUACAUAAAAGAUAUUUCCAUAAUGUCCAAAGAAUGUAUGCAACAUAUAUGGUUGCAGAUGCCUGAACAAUGGCUGUGUUCAGCAGAAUGUUUAUUCUGUAAUUGUUGUAAGUUUUUUUCGCA